GUGUAAUUAAUGUUAAAAUAUUAAAAUUUGAAUUUUUUUUUCUUAUAUUCAAGUUAAUAAAUAAAUAAUUUACAAUAUAUUUAUAAAUAUGUCCCAAGUGGUCACAACAACAAAUCUUCCAAUGUAUUCAAUUCAAACAUUCCUCAAGAACUACAUACUGGUGGCUGGUGGUGGUGGUUCUAGCAAAACUGGCAUAGCUAAUGGAUUUGAAGUAUUUAAGUUAAAUAGAGAUGGUAAAACUAUAUCAAUGACAAAAAUAAUUCGUUAUGAUAGCGGUCCAAAUGUAAUUAUGAAUUGUUGUACAAAUAUAAAUGGUAAUACAAUUUAUAUUGCAGCAAAUGAGAAUGAUAGUUGUCGACAAUAUAUGGCUAAUAUUAUAAUAGAACCAACAUUUCAUAAUGGUAAAGCAGAUAAAGAAAUUAAUUUUAAAAUAACAACAGGAGAUUCAGUAAUAACAGAUUUCAGCGAAGAUGAACCCUUACAGAGGAUCGUGAAAAUUAAUAAUGAUGGAAAUUUAAUGGUAACUGGGGGUACAGAUGGAUGCAUUCGUCUUUGGAACUUUCCAAUAGUUAAAUCAAGAGAUGCUACACCAUUAAAAGUAUACAAACGUCAUACUAAAGAAAUUGAUGAUAUAGAUAUAAGUUCCGAUGGUAAAUUUAUAGUAAGUGUUGCAAAAGAUGGAAAAGCUUAUCAUUGGAAUACUGUUACAAAUGUACAUUCUGCUCUUAUUCAUCCAGAUCCAAAUAAUAAUAAACAAAUUUUUAAAAGAUGUAAAUUUGGUAUAAUUGGAAAUAAACCGAUUUAUAACAUAUAUACAAUUGCAAAUGGUCCUAAACAAAAAUCUUACUUACAGAGAUGGUCAGAAAAAAAUACAAUACUUUAUGAGUUAUUGUUUUCUGAGCCUACUUCAGCAUUAGCAGUGCGUAAAGAUGGAUUAUAUAUUGCUGUGGGUACAAUGUAUUCAGGAAGUGUUAGUAUACAUGAAUCAAGUAACUUAAAAAUGAUUUAUAAUGUUAAACAAGCUCAUGCUAUGUUUGUUACGGGACUUGAGUUUUUAAAUAAAGAUUUAAUGCCAGAUAUGAAAACAGCAGUAUUAUCAAUAUCAGUAGAUAACCGUGUGUGUCUUCAUGGUGUGCCAUCUAUACAAUUAAUCCCAUAUUGGAAAAUGCUCAUUAUAAUACACUUCAUCCUACUACUAUCUUAUUUUAUUAUUUUUAUCUUGUAAUUAAACUGUAAUUUGAUAUGAAUUUGUUAUGAAUAAAAAUGUUUAAAAAUUAUGCUCAA